AAGUUAGGACUGCGCCUGGCAGAGCUGGAUAAAGAGAAAGGAGAACUGAACACCCAGAUGGAAAUAGAGAAGAAGAAAGUUAAGAAAAUUAUGGAGCAGAAGAAGGCUGCAGACACUCGGCUGGAUCUAGAGAUGAAGAGAAACACAGAGCUUCAAAAAGAAAUGUACAGGCUGCGAACUCUAUUGAAGACUGCAAAGAAGAAGCUGCGGGAUCAGGAUAGUGGGGGAGCUGAGUUUGGUUCUCCGAUGAGCAGUCUACGGAUGGACCUUGGCAGAUACAGUCAGGUCGAGGGUUCCGCUGGACAAAUGAAAGAAAAGGUGGAUGAUCUGCAGGUGCAGAACAGGGAGCUUAAGGAUCAGCUGGCCUCCCUGAAGAGCUUGAGUCACAGUAAUAACCAGCUUGAGAGGAGUAAAAGACAGUUGGAGGAGGAAGUACUAGACCUGAGACGUCGAAUGGAGUCCAUUCAGAUGGAGCAGAGCCAGGUGGAGCAGUACCGUCGUGAUGCAGAGGAGAAGGCCCGUCAGGAGAUACAACAGAAACUAGAGCAGGUCAACCUUUUCCUGCAGUCCCAGGCAGCAUCUCAAGAGGCACUGGAUCAGAUUAAAGCAGCAAAUGAGGCCAACCUGCGCUCUCAGCUGGAGCAGAAGAGCCGGGAGCUGGAGGUGGAACUGUGCCGGGCCCGCACCGCCCAGCAGGAUAGCCUUAACCAAAGAGACUCCACACGCACAGAGCUAGAGCGAUAUAUUCAACUCUACACUGACGAGCUGCGCCUCCGCAAAUCUCUGGCUGCCAAACUAGAGAGAACCAACAGUCGGCUCGCAGAAGCAAAUUCCAAAUUGCUCAACGAGCACAGUAGAUCUCUUAUCGCCAGCAGCAUCACAAAUGGUAGCCUUGGAGGUCCCUCGCUGGACAUGGGCACUUUGGGUUCACCAGUGAACUAUGGGGCCACACUGGGGCCCCUCAACAGGAGUCUUGGCCUUGGACCCUCCCUCCUUAGUCCUGUGACUGAGGGACAAAACAGAAGGGUGGAGGACUAUCUGGCUAAGAUGCAGAGUGAGUUGGAUAGAAACAUAUUAAAGGAAUUAAACAACGCCACAGCAGAGCUGAAUGUUGCCUCUGCCCGCAUGUCCCCAGUGGGCUCUGUAUCAAGGGUGGAGCUGGACCCCGUCAGCAGGGCGACACAACAGUACUUGGAGGUACUAAAGAGGAACAGUAUGAUCUGACUAAACAGCUGCUCGUUCAUAAUCAUAACUGAACAUAUUUCAGCCAACUGUCUUGUGUUAGGCCUAUAUGUAAUGUUUUGUUGUGUAUGGACCCCAGAAAGAGUAUCUGCUACCCUGGUGGCAGCUACAAUACAGAUCACCAAGAGUCCAACUUUGUAUGUCUUCACUUUU